AUGCAAUACGGCCCAACAAAAAACGCCGCGUGCGAUAUCUGGACGCGGAAAAAAGCAUCAGUCUCGGCUCCAGGAUUCCUGGGGCAAACCAGUUACUCCGAUGCGUUUACAGAUACGAAAAGUGAACUCCUUGUUGGCUCCCCAUCCCUCACAGGUCAUGAUAGCUUUCCCAUUGACCAAAAGCGGAUCAACCUCGGUGCUCGGGUCUUAGGGCUUCUAGAGGACCUCCCAUUUUAUAGAGAUGUGGUCACCGCUCGAUUCAAGAUAUGGAAGGGAUGGAGCCUUGGCUGGCCAAUUACGAAUAUGAUUUUUACUAUCGUGGAAAAGAUGUGGAACUCCCUAGAAACUGAGGGUAUGGACACAAACCAACGCGCCUUGUUCCUGUCUAAGAGACUCUUUGAAACGCAUAGCCGGGCACUUGAGGUGUACCCUUCAAUGACAUGGGAGGACUUCCAGUCCGCUGCUGCCGGAAGAUGGGAGGUGAUUGGGAUGCUGCUUACUCUAACAGGUCUAGCUACGGACUGGGUCCCUCACGGCGACCCCAUCUUCAUGCGUCAGAAUACGAUGGAUCCGAAGAGUCUAGCUAUAACUGCUACUGCUGUAGGAGACAUAUGUCUUCAAUUCUGCGAUAGCACGGGAAUUGUGAACGAUAUUGUUGGCUGGCUGCUGUUACAUCAAGUGACACUUUUGGCAAUAGUCUAUGGUGAAAGUGACUUUAGACCAUGGAGGAAGUUAGGAGAUUUAUCGACGACAGUAUUUGCACUCGGGCUUCAUCAGGAUUCUAGCACAAAUGCUCCAUUCUUUCUUUCUGAGAUGCGAAAAAGAACCAUGGUCGCGGCCUAUUCAACAGACAAAGUGCUUGCCACUUUCUUGGGUCGCCCGCCACUUAUCAGCUGGCGGUACUGUGAUAUUCAAAUGCCACUUGACUUGAGCGUUGAGGAAAUUUUCGCCGACUCAGUUGUUCGGGAUGCGGCAAUCGCUCGAUUGGAUGAGAAGAGCGGAUGGAAUCUGGAAUCAAGCUUGAUGAAGGGCACGUGGCCACGGAUUGCCUUGAUCACUAGCGUCCUCCGUGAGAAGGUCUUGGAACUUUCACUAAGUUGCCAACUCGAGAAUCUCAGUCAAAGGGUCGAGGAGCUUUCACGCGAAUCGCGGCAGUUACGACAAGGACUGCCAGAAUUCCUCCAUUGGAAACCUCAUAUUGACGGGGUGGUUCUUUCCAGGGUAGAAUAUGAUCUCCUUUUCGAAAUUCAUAUAGAAUUUCUGCAUAACGAUUUCCUGCUCUACAGGACCCUCGGUAAACGCACCCAGACCCAGCCCGAGGCAAUUAUUAGUAUCGCUCGGGAGAUACUCAAAGCAUUGGUCACUAUGAUUUCCGAGAAGACUCGCAAUAGACAACCUAUCAAAGAUAUUGGGUUGAACGUGUGCUUACCAGGACUCCCUUCCGCCGGUGUGCUCUGUGCAGAAUUACUGCGUAGAUCCCGGUCGACAGUGACAAGCCGUUUUCUGGGGUUUCCUCGCUCAGAGAUUAUUCAAAAUUUGACCCUUUUUGCAGCAUAUCUGGACACUAUCAUUAACCCCCAUGAUGGUAACUACCGUGUCGCACAGCAGGGUCAGAAGGCAAUUCGCCAUGUCUUGGAUCAAGUCCUAUCCGUCGAAGUGGUAUCCUCUGUGAUAGAAGAUACUGGAACGAGUGAUAAAGCGAUUGAUGAUGCCACCUUGCUUGACGGUGUGAAUUUCGAUGAUCAUGACUUAUUUCUUGGUUGGCUUGAUGGCAACAUGCAACACAUGUCCGACUCUUGGCUAGGAUGGGUUAAUUUUACCUGA